GAUUAAGCAGACAAGAUCAUCUGCUUAACCUGCCAGAGCAUGUUUUCUCAUGCUAAUUUCACAUACUAACUCACUGAGGGUUUGAGACCCAUUGACUACCCUAACCUUGUUUAGCUGGCCAGUCAAAGCUGUUUCUAGACUGUGGCUGUUGUCACAUCUUGACAGCUUCUAGGAGCGACAGGUGAGAGCUGACUGCAGGGUGGGGACCAAAGGUGGGCAACUACCCCAGAAGGAGCAUUAUGUGUCCCCUAACACCCCAUACAUUCCCUAAUGAGGCUUUGACACCUGACAGGGUCAGCUUCUCUUUGCCUGUUGAAACAUUGGGCCAGGAGAAGUGUAAUACAGUAUCUGACUUCAAUCAAGGUUGCUUCAGAUAUCUGCAAAAUGCAGAGUCUUCAUUUCCAUUCUGAAUGCUCAAAAGACAUUAACAAUACUGAAAAGGUGUGGUAAAUGUGUCCCAAAGAGCAGCAAUUAGCACAGGCUCCUAGGGCAUGUUUACUAAGUGUUUUGAGACACAUGAAUGCCCUUCAGACAUUAACCAAAAUAUAGUCAAGUUAGCUACUGUAGAAAUGUGGGAUUCAUCAUUGCUUUUGUGUGCAAAUCAGCCUUUUGCCAGGGCAACACAGGAAGUUGUGAGCCAUUUUACAGGACCUAUGGCAAGCCAAAUAUUUCUAGAUACAAAUUGUCAUACACACACACACACACACACACCGAUCCUAGGCACAUUCACUUGGAAGUUCAUCCCACUUGUUUGGUGCAGUAUACUUCCAACUGAGUCUAGGAUGAUUCAGUAUUAAACGUUGUUUAUAGAAGAAGCUCACUAUCACAAAAAAUGAAAACAAAUAUUUGAAUUUGUUUGUUUGAAAAAUUAAAUGACUAAUGGAAUUGGUCAUUUUGGAAUUCAUCUGUUGGAUUUAACCUGUAUCUUAACAGUGAGAACCUAGUGCUUUAAAUAAACCUCAGUGUUCUCGUGAGAAUGGGCCACCAGACAACUGUCAUCAGUCUACUGAUCAAUCAUCAAUCUAUUUCAUCUAUCAUCCCUUUUGGCUGAGGAAAUCCAUUCUCCCAAACUCUUCUUUCUCUGCUGACUCAACGUUGCCACCUUUGUACUUAGUGUCUAGGUGAUUUCUUGUAUGCUUCAAAAAAAAAAACAGCUUGAGCUUUAAAUGAAGUGUCUUGAUGAAGCUGGGUGCUUUAAUUGACCAUAAUAUAGAUUCCAAGUCUUGUGAAGUGCAAUGCAGCUGAAUGUGUCUUGGAAUCUGGAAUCGUUGAGGUUUUAUCCAUCUGUUAGGUUGGAAAUCUCAACUGGAAAAGCAAGCUCAACAACUGCAGUAAGCGUUGAAGUCAGAGGAGUGGGAUUUCCCCCUGCUUCCCCCCCCCUCCCCAUGGUUCUCUUCCACACUAACUUUCUUUGUCUUAUGCCUACCUUCCCGUAAUCCAUGAAAACAAAUGCCAUCUCCUUAGGAAGGACCACUUUAAUUGAAAGUUUGUACACUGGCAUAUGCAUGCACAGGGCUUAUAUCAGUGUUUCAUAACGGUGGGAAAUAAAUUAUUGGCAGGUCAUGGACACAUACAGUGCUUUAAGUCAGAUACUAGAGGGAAUUCUGUUUCUCACAUACUAUGUGUCUUACACAAGACAUGUGUUGCGUUAAAUAAGACAACACAUACUGAAUAAGAACAAAACUAUCCCUUUGGUUAGCCCAAUUAAUUGUUUGCAGAUUUUGCAAGCUUUAUGAGUCCCAUAGGAGGCACACACAAUUGAUAUACUGUAUUAGCAAAGUCACUGUCACCCUCAGCUCACAUUUCCUUUUCAUGCGGAGCACACUGCCCACGUCCAUGCUGGUACAGAAGAAAUUAAGCACACCCACACCCAAUAAAACCCCAGCUUUCUUGUUUAAAUAAGUCUUUAUUUAUUGCUCUGCAGACUUAAACCAACACAGAGCACCUUAUAAGAGCCUUAUUUUGGAUCUGUGUCUACUGGUCUUCUAAUCUGUCCUCAACGGGGCUGGGGAAGCUCAGGUUUCUUCUCCGAAUAGCAAAACAGUGGCAAUUAGGUAGUGGUGCUGUUUUUGUAAAAAGCUGUUCUGUCUUUGAAGUCUCUUUAGAGCUCUCUUGAUCCUUCCUCCACUCCCUUACAGCAUUUAAACUCCUGCUUUUUAAAGAGCAAGGGGUGUUGAUUCAUUUGGCUUCUGGGGUUGGAAGACUCCGCCCCCCUUCCUGAGAUCCAGCCCUAAACAGAGUUCGCACUGUGGAAUGACAGGCAUUCCUCCUUGAAAGGAGCUGGCAUGGGAGCUUAUUUAUGAGAAUUGCGAAGUGUCCGGCCCAGGGGUACAGGAAAUACAGGAGGGGUUUGUGCUUCAACCUACACCCCUGGCCGUUUCCUGAGUUCUGGCUGUUGUUGUUCUGCUCCCCGGACUCCAGACAAUUCCGUCGCUCUCACCCUGUGGAGUUGGCUUGUCAUCUUCCCAAAGGCUAAUGUCUGCUUCCAGAAUAGACUCUCUUUUAUUUCUCUUCCUUCCCUGAGCUACCUCAAAGACUCUCAUAAUGGGGCAGACACGCUACUCAAGACCGGUAAAUCCAGCUCCCUCAGCUGAGGAGGUGGAUCAGCCAUCACAAGAUGCUGGAAUGGGGGCUGACGUUCUGGAAUCUGGUGACACGACACCUCCUUCCAAGAGAAAAAGCAAGUUUGCAGGUUUUGGCAAGAUCUUUAAACCUUGGAAGUGGAGGAAAAAGAAAAGCAGUGGCAAGUUUAAGGAGACUUCAGAAGUUUUAGAACGAAAGAUUUCAAUGCGAAAGCCAAGAGAGGAGCUCAUUAAAAGAGGGGUUCUGUUGGAAGACCUUGAACAGGAUGAGGAGGAGCCAGACAAACUCAGCCACGAUGCCUUGAAAAAUGGACACACUAUCCCCAUUGAUGGUUCUGGGAUUGUCAGCCUUGCACACCUGGAGGAAGAGACUGGAAAAAGAACAAGCCUUAAGAAGCCUGUUCCAUUAGAGGAGCUGAAGAAAUCACAAGGAACCUUGGACGGCCAUCCCAAUUCAGAAGUGGAGCACCACCACCAUCAUGAUUCUCAUGCUCCUAAACAGCCUCUGCUCCCCCCAAAACGACCUUUGUCAUCCUCCUCUCAGGAAACGAGCAACAUGCAGGCGAGGGAUCUUGGCCCUCCCAGCAGCACCGCAAGGACUAUGCCUCCCUCCACAGUUGCGGCUGUCACCAGCACAGCGAAAGGGGUUAAUUUUUCCACUGCUCCCUCCCCAGCCCCUCGGACUGUGCCCUCUGCUUUCACAAAUGCUCGCACUACUGCUGCUACAAAUGUUACCACAGCAGCACCAGCCAAGCAACCCCCUGUUCCACCUCCCAAGCCAAUGAAUCGGAAUAGCAACCCCUUAAUAGCUGAAUUGACUCAAGCGAUCAGUAGCGGCACAGCUUUGUCUAAGCCUUCUCCGCCUUUGCCUCCCAAGAGAGGCAUCCCAUUAAACUUGCCUUCAUCCCUUGAAUCGGCUGCUGCUCCCAAGUCGCCUAAUGACAGGUCGUCCUACCCUUCCUCGAUACCUGCGCACAUGCUGCCACCUCACCCGCCCCCUUCUCCUUCACCACCUCUGCCUUCGCACAUUCCUCCAGAACCUGCCCAUGUCCCUUCGCCUUCCUCCACCCCUGGGGCAGAGCCUCCCCUUCCCUCCGAACUGCGGGUGGAAACCCCACAGGAAGGGCUCUCUGUGCUGGAUGCAUGCAAGAGGAUGGCCGAGCAGGGCUUUGGAGAGCCUCGGAUGCCUUCGCGGCUGCCCCCACUCCCACUCCACAUCCGCAUCCAGCAGGCACUGGCGAGCCCCCUGCCAUCAACGCCGCCAGCCGAAGGCUCACACAGGGCACACUCGCUGCUCUUUGAGACUGAAGGCUCCUAUGACGACAACGGGACCCUGGGCAGAACGAAGUCGCUGCCGGUUACUAUUGAGAUGCUGAAAGUUCCAGACGAUGAUGAAGAGGAGGAAGGUGUCCAAGAGGAUGUGCAUCAUUCCAAUUCCCAUGUUUACAUUGGAGAGUCUCCCACUGUUACGGUCAUUCCCAGGCUCAUCCUCCAGACAGUACAGGAUGAAGAGGAGGGUCCAAGCGACUCAGACUCCGAGGGACCUAUUCUUUAUAAGGAGGAGGAGGAGGAAGAGGAUGAAGAAGAUGACAGCCAUAACACUGCACUAGCCAACAAAGUCAGGAGAAAAGAUACCCUAGCCAUGAAACUGGGCAACAUGGCUCCCAGGCAGGAGCUACCAGAAGAGAACACCACGUUUCCUCGGAAGAGCAAGGAAGAGUGGCAGGAAAUCCGCCAGCAGAUUGGGACAACACUGAUCAGGCGAUUAAGUCAGAGACCAACAGCAGAGGAAUUGGAGCAAAGGAAUAUACUUCAACAAAAAAAUGAGGCUGACCGGCAAGCUGAAAAAAGGGAAAUAAAGCGCAGGCUCACCAGAAAGCUUAGUCAAAGGCCUACUGUGGCUGAACUGCAGGCAAGGAAGAUCCUGAGGUUUAAUGAAUAUGUGGAGGUAACAGAUGCCCAGGACUACGACAGGCGAGCAGACAAGCCAUGGACCAAAUUAACCCCUGCUGACAAGGCUGCCAUCCGGAAGGAGCUGAACGAGUUCAAGAGCUCUGAAAUGGAAGUCCACGAAGAGAGCAAGCAGUUCACACGGUUUCAUCGGCCAUGAAACUUUUAGAAAACUCACCCCCCAACACUGAUAGAUGUGCCAGAGAAGGUUGCUGAUGACUAGUGGCAUUUGCUGGUUGCCUUCUCCUGAGCUGAAGAGGAACCUUUGAAGCUUGUCAAGAUUUGCCUUCAGAUCGUAUCCAGGAAAUGACCUCCUUCAGGGAAACGAGAGGGGUGGGGAGAGCCUUGUCCAAAAGUCGCAUUUCAUUGGAAGGAGUUUCUGUCAAGUGCCAUCAAAUCACAACGGCGGGGGGAGAAACACUAUACCUCAGAUGAAUCAGCAAUACCCCCUGCUUGUAGCUGGGUGCCCUGACUCACGUUAGACGUGGACAGCUCCAGCAUUUGAAUGGAUAAUGCCCCCCUUCUUCCUGUUCUGCUGUAAAUAAUAUGUUCUGAUCUGUUUUAUAGGCUUUUUCAAAGGAAGAGAUAAUAUUGGAGCAGCCUUUGUAGGUAGUGAACAGGAAGCAAGAGUGUGUGCCUGUGCGUGUGGGAGAGAUUGAGAGAGAGAGUGCUUGUGCGUGCAUGUGCUCUGUACAAAGGAAACUUUAAAAUACUGACCUAGCAGGAAACUGACACAUUAUGGGAGAUUUUUGUUUUGUUGCUUAUGUCUUUUGGAUGUGCUUAAUAUGCAGAAUCACUACUGACCAAUUUUAAAUCAUCCUGCAGAAAAAAAUUAUAGUUCUUAAUUGGCAUGUGCUGCAUUUUGAGAGAGAGGGACAGUUUUUAGACAAUUUUUUUAAGAUGGACAACAAAAAACUUGUAACGUUGAGACCUCUUUUUUUCUGGUGCAUAUUUAGUCCUAUAUAACAGGAACUGCAAAGCCUAAAACAAGUUGCCUUCAGGAAGCAGGUGGCAUGAAAUAUAUUGUAUAUAUAUUUUU